AUGCACCCGUCUCGUCAGCAUUCGCGGAUCAACCUAGCCGAGCUGAAAGCUCAGAUAGUGAAGAAACUCGGGCCCGACAGGUCUAAACAGUACUUUCACUACCUGAAUAGUUUCUUGAGUUUAAAACUGAAAAAAGACGAGUUCAACAAUCUGUGUCUUAAAAUCCUCGGACGGGAGAAUAUUCCCCUUCACAAUCACCUCAUUCGCUCGAUACUCAAAAAUGCUUGCACCUCGAGAACCCCACCGCCGUCAAGGGACCACAUUUCAAAGCCCGGGAUUCAAAUUAACGGGAAGGAUACUACAUCAAAUGGAGGGGACAUGCUGCUGCCAGUUUCGCCUAAAAAAGCCCGAACGGGCUGGCGUGACCGUAGAAGUGGGGACCGCCGAAGCUCGCUCGGGCUUAACGGGAAAACUAAUUUUGCUCCUCAGCUACUGUCUGAAAAUGGGGUCUGUAAAUUGUCAGUCUUAAGGUGUAGUACAGGAUUUUCAGCUCCUUCAUGUAGCAAGCAAGACGAGCCUGGUUUGGAUGAGCCUUCUUCUUUGCCCAGGAGCCCUAUCCGGGCCCCACUAGGGGUUCCCUUUUGUCCUGUUAGUUCUGGUGGGGCCCGCCGAGCCCAAACGGGCAGCGCCGGGCAUACGGGCUCGUUUUCUAAAGAUGGGGUUUUUUGGGAUAGUUUGACCUUGAGAGAACGUAUGGAGCAUAUUGCAUUGGGAGAGGGUCUUGAAGGGGUUUCUCUUGAUUCAGCCAACUUAUUGAAUCACGGUUUGGAUUCUUACAUGAGACGGUUGAUUAGGUCGUGUGUUGAUCUCAUGGGCCCCAGUCGAGGGCGUGAGGUAACUAGGAAUAGUAUUAUUAUGAAUAAGCAGUGUGGUUAUCAGAAGAUGGUUAAUGGCAUUAGACCAGGCUAUCAGAAUCUGGUGCAGUGUACUGGGAAAGCUUUGGAAGUUGAAGAGCAAAGAAAAAAUUGUCCAGCAAUUUCUUUACGGGACUUUAGGGUUGCUAUGGAGUUGAAUCCGCAGAAACUCGGUGAGGACUGGCCGUUAUUACUUGAGAAAAUAUGUAUAAAUGCAUUCGAAGAAUAG